AUGAAGAGGUGCCACUUGGCGGCCAUGGCUGCUGUAGUAUCGGCGACUCCGGGUCAAGGCCCGGCAGAAUGGAGUACUAUGAGCAGCACCGGGUGUAGGGCAGAGACUGCUUUGUAUCAGCUUAGUUGCUAAACCUGUAAGACUCAUCGUUAAAGACCUUCAGGACUCCUUUCCCCAUCCUAGACUUGGAGGAGUUUGCCGGGACUGGUGGGCUGGUCGCAGCCCUGGGAGGACCACCCGCUGGGUAGCCCCUAGGGGGAUAGGGGCACCAGGAGAACGAACAGGUUCGCUUGGGUGAUCCUCCUUUUCCUGCUGCCGCCUGAGACGUUCUCUGUGGAGGGAGUACCUCCGUUGUGCCACCUCCUUCCGACGACUGAAGAAAUUUCUCGUUCGCACAUUUUAUUUUCCCCGUUGACUUUUCCAUCUCUAUCGGUUAACCCACGGGAAUUCAGUCAUUGGCAUCUGGGGACCCAGGGCAGGGGCAGGGACCUAAGAUUGCUGAGAGUUCUUUCUGGUGCUAACAUCCGUAAAAAGGUCGUUUCCAGGCACGUUCAGGAAGGUGCCUCGUGAACACAUCUGCUGGUGGGAAGGCCGAAAGAACUGGAAAGUACCUGUUCUCUUGGAACCACUACACGUGUUUAAUAUCCUAAGUAUCUUUUGAAGUCACUGAGUUUUGUGGUGGUGGGUUUUGAAUAAAGGAGGGCAGAAUGGAUGAUUUCAUCUCCAUUAGUCUACUGUCUGUGGCUAUGUUGGUGGGAUGUUACGUGGCUGGAAUCAUUCCCUUGGCUGUUAAUUUCUCAGAGGAACGACUAAAGCUGGUGACUGUUUUGGGUGCCGGCCUUCUCUGUGGAACUGCACUGGCAGUCAUCGUGCCUGAGGGAGUACAUGCACUUUAUGAAGAUAUUCUUGAGGGAAAACACCAUCAAGCGAGUGAAACCCAGAAUGUGAUUGCAUCAGACAAGGCAGCAGAAAUACCAGUUGACCAUGAGCAUGAGCACAGCCAUGACCACACACAGCUGCAUGCCUACAUCGGUGUUUCCCUCGUACUGGGCUUCGUUUUCAUGCUGCUGGUGGACCAGAUUGGCAGCUCCCAUGUGCAUCCUACUGAUGAUCCAGAAGUAUCAAGGCCUAGCAACUCCAAAAUCACCACCACGCUAGGACUAGUCGUCCAUGCUGCAGCUGAUGGUGUUGCUUUGGGAGCAGCAGCUUCUACUUCACAAACUAGUGUCCAGUUAAUCGUGUUUGUGGCAAUAAUGCUACAUAAGGCACCAGCUGCUUUUGGGCUGGUUUCCUUCUUAAUGCAUGCUGGCUUAGAGCGGAAUCGGAUCAGAAAACACUUGCUGGUCUUUGCACUGGCAGCACCAGUUAUGUCGAUGGUAACAUACUUAGGACUAAGUAAGAGCAGUAAAGAAGCCCUUUCAGAGGUCAAUGCCACUGGAGUAGCCAUGCUUUUCUCUGCUGGGACAUUUCUUUAUGUUGCAACAGUACAUGUCCUUCCUGAGGUGGGCGGAAUGGGGCACAGCCACAAACCUGACUCCACUGGAGGGAGAGGCCUCAGCCGCCUGGAGGUGGCAGCCCUGGUUCUGGGUUGCCUCAUCCCACUCAUCCUGUCAAUAGGACACCAGCAUUAAAUGUUCAGGUUCCAGUCUUUGUCCAUGGCCAUUCGCCAUCCAGUGAGAACAGCCGGCACGUGAGAGCUACUCACUUCUUCAGCCUCUUGUCUCGCCUUGCCCAUCUCCACCUGUGUUCCUAGAGUCCAGAGGGAGGUGAGAUUAAAAUCUGGAGUAACGGAACAGCUUUUAGAGUAGAAACAACACAUUGUGAUUGGGUGGACAUUCCACUGUGUUGUUUUUAAAGGGCCCUUGGCAUUUUGAGUUUUGAUGUUUCUCUUAACCCUAUUCUCAGGGAAGAUGGACUUUAGUUUUAUGGAAAAGUGGAGAACUUCAUACUCACAAUGAAAUAGUAAUUAUGAAAGUACAGUGUUCUGUAAUUAAGCUAAAUCUCUUUCUUCGUUUAGAGGCUCUGCCAUUUUAUCCAUUGAUUUUUAACAUGGUUCUCACCAUGUCAGACUGGUGCUUUUAGCAUCUAUGCCACAUGCCUUGAUAGAAGGUUAUAGCGCCCACUGUCUUAGAUGCUAAAGGUGAUUGCAUUUAAUUUGGGGCUAGAGUCAGGAAAAUGACAGUGAGAAACAUUGGAGGAGCUGACUUUAUACUAAAGAGAAAUACCCCUAAAAGGGAAGGUCUAGAGAGACUUAACCACCUCCUUCUGCAUAUGCCUCUGUCAAACAGCCAUUCCAUCAAAUGAAGCAACAAGAGGUGGGCCUGGCUUCUAAAGAGGGGUCUGGUCUUUUGUAACAUUUCCUUUCCAGUUUUCUUUACAGAAUACCUGCUCCAACACAUUCUUAUAGAGGAGCCAAGUUGUAGUAUGUUCAGGCCUAGGCUUUCUUUCCAGAACAGUAAAAUUCACAUAGUAUCUUUGGAAAUUAAAGGGGUAUUAAAUUUUAAGUGAAUUUGGAUAGUUACUGACAUCUUUGUAGUAACUUUUUUAAAAGACUACCCAAAACCUAUGUUGUGCUAUGUGUGUGUGGGUGUGUGUUUUGUUUUGUUUUGUUUUGUUUUUAAAGUAUUACUCUCAGCAGAUCAGCAGUCCCUUGGGCAAAAUAUUUGGUGCAACUAGGGGAGUGCUAAUCUGCUUCACCUAAGCACCUUUAGCAGUGAAGAAAGUCAGGAUGUAUCAUAAAUGGGAAGUGUUUGCCUGUUGACUUAAAGCUUAAUGAAAAUCAUGUCUCUUGUCUCAUCAUCUUUUCUGUGCUUUUUUCCUAACUUUCCUCUAGCCUCUACUCCCCACAAUAUGUCACUUACUGCUGGUGGCAAUGUUAAUAUUUCUGUGAGUUGGGCUCUCAUCAGGACAACCACUUCUUGAGCUGUGCUGAUGAAGAUAAUACUGUCUCUAUUCUUUAUGCCUUUCAAAGAAAUUGUCAAAUGCAUCUUUGUUAAGCCCAUAAAAUACCACUUCUUUGUGUGUAAGUUGACAUAAUCAUUAAUAUACUGGAAAUUUAAACAAUUGAGAUAACAAAAGCAUUUAACAAACUAGGCUAAUUUUUCUAUAUUUGCCAAAAUCCUUGUAAACCUUGUUCUGUCAAAAAAGAAAAUGUAAAAUAUUGUAUUAUUAAUUUAUUUUGAUUUUCUGUACCAUGUCAAAACACGGCAUUACAUAAAGAGUGAACCAAGGACAUAUUCUUCAGAGUAGUGGAUUUAAGAGUUUGUAAAACAUUUUAUAUGAUGCAUAAGCCAGCAUGCCUAUGAUUUCUUCAUUUCCUUCCUAGACUUGUCACUGGGCCAGUAGCUGUGGCCACAGAACUUGUGAGCCCUCUGCUGGCUGCAGACCAAAGUAGCAUAAAUAGGAUACGGUUUUGUAUGGUGGCUAGCAUCUGUUGCAUAUGAUUUUUAAAUCAACAGAUGGUACAAUAUGGACAGUCUAAGUGACUUUCCUGAUGAUAUGAUAACAGCUGACUUUUGAGAGCUUCAUCUGGUCCUUCAAAAUUACAUGGUUGCCUUGAUUCUCCUUGGAAACUCAGUUUGUCAAACAAAUAGCACAUUUUAGUGUCUGGUUUGGUUUGGAUACUACUAUGUCAUGUGUUACAGCGGUCACAAAUUAGUUCUGCUGGCCAAAGCCUCUUUCAGCAGUGCCUUGCCAUCAUGCUUAAAAGUUUGGCUAGAAUAUCUUGCCGGGUAGGGCCUUGAAUUCUGCAAGGAUUGAACCAUCUAACUUCCAAAUUCACCUUCCUCUCUGGACCUCUCCAUUAACAAGCAAAUCUUUGAAGACCUAUCAGCUCUCACAGUAUGGGUUUUCCCAGAUUUUAAAGCUACUGCCUCAGGAACUACUCAUUUCUCUCCUGGUCAGCAGGCAGAAAUAGCCAUACUAAUCUUAUAGGGCUCAAAUGCAUCUUCAGGCAGCAGGGCAGAGGCCUCCUUCACUGGAGGAAAAGCCUUGUUCACAUGGUGGGCAGUGUCCCAGGAGAGGCCGUAUCAAUGUAUACUUUCUGGCACAUUUCAGUUCCAUUUUCCUCUUGUUUAAAACUGCCUCCUUAGAUGUGGAUGUCUUAAUGCUCUUAACACAUUUGAAAACAUUGGCAAUACUUAAGUUGCUGCCAUGAUUACAAAUGGAAUCCUUGGCUACCAAAAAGAUACAGUUGAUGAAACAUGGCCCUUCCUUCUUCAUAACCAAAGUUCAUCUUAAUUGCUAUUUGACUCCCUUUCCUUGUUAGGGAAAGACUUUCUUCAGAUUCUGAGUGCUCUCUCCAAUGGCAAAUUAAAUUCAAAAACACUACUUUAGUUAAUUGCUUAUUGGUUCUCAUUUCACCAAAGUAGUGAUGCUGCAGAUUUGAUUUGGUUUUCCUAUUGUCCAGUUUCUUAUUUUAGGCUAAGGUUCUGCUCUGGAAGGUUGAGAGUUAGAAAUGGUUCUGAUUACAGAGGCUAUGUGUUUUCUUUUUUCCCGUUUCACCUUUUUAUUUCCCAAUUCAAAACAGCCAAGUUAGCCCUGUACCUAUAUUUUGCAUCAUUAGAAAAAACAGAGGGGUGGCUGUUUGUUUCUUUACCAGCCCACUUCUAAGUGUCACCACCUAGUUUUUCUCUUUGCCACAGACUGGAACUAGGAAGACACAUUAGCAUCAGAGUUUAUUAAGCCCCUGCAACAUAUGGUAGCUGCGUACUGACCACAAGAAUUGUAUGUCAACAGCACAAGCCCCCAAAGAACGUUUAUGGCUCUGGGGCUCCUGAGCCCUUUGGGAGACUAAGAAGAAUUAACAGAUGGAUUCAAAUCUGCUUCAGUGCAAGGUGUGGUCCCUCUGUAGUUGUUCUAUAGAGGAAAACUUCCUUGCAUUAAAAAAUUUCUUCUUGCUGUAGAAUGGUCCACAUUGCUCAAGGAACAACUGAUGGAGACGCUAUGAAAUUAAAACCAAUGAUGUAACCCCUUUGUUCCUGAGGCAUCUAGAUUCACCUCAGGAUACCUGAAAGAAAUUUUUGACUUGUGGGAAAGGACUAGACACCAUUUAGGAAUUCUCAAAAAAUGCUCAGAUAAUGCCAAUGCUUUACAUGAGGAAAUGGGCCUUGAUUCUUUUUCUGGUGGCAUCUUCCAGCAAGUUGGAAGUUUCACAGCAUAACACCACAGUUCCCCUUGUUCAGUGGUCUCAACAGUGAUUUUAAAUGUCUCCUCUUUUGGAUCCUUUGUAAACAUGAAAUCAUUCCAUGGAUGGCUGCCUUAUAAUUUUGUCUCCACUUUAAUUGUGAAUGGUUUAAAAAAUGCUGUUUUUUGAUUUGUUUUAUGAUAUUAAAUUUUUAUUAGUGCAUA